AUGGCCGAACCCCAUAAGAAGAGAAUAGCCGUCAUGACCUCGGGAGGCGACUCCCCAGGCAUGUGCGGCGUCGUCCGCGCUGUCGUCCGCAUGGCGAUCCACCUCAACUGCGACGCGUACUGUGUCUACGAAGGUUACGAAGGCCUCGUACAGGGUGGCAAGUUCAUACGGCAGAUGCAGUGGCAUGAAGUUCGAGGCUGGCUCUCGGAAGGUGGUACCCUCAUCGGUACUGCCCGCUGCAAGGCCUUCUUCGAGCGAGAGGGCCGACUUGUUGCUGCCAAAAACAUGAUUCUGAACGGCAUUGAUGCCCUCAUCAUCUGUGGUGGUGAUGGUUCCCUUACAGGUGCCGAUAAAUUCCGAUCCGAGUGGCCCAGCCUCAUCGAGGAGCUUGUCCAGACAGGUCAAUUCACCCAGGAACAGGUCGACCCUUUCAAGCACCUCAAUAUUGUCGGCAUUGUCGGUUCCAUUGAUAAUGAUAUGUCAGGUACCGAUGCCACCAUUGGCGCCUACUCGGCUCUUUCCCGAAUUUGCGAGAUGGUCGACUACAUCGAGGCCACCGCUUACUCUCACUCUCGUGCUUUCGUCAUUGAGGUUAUGGGCCGACACUGUGGUUGGCUCGCCCUCAUGGCAGGUGUUGCCACUGGUGCGGAUUUCAUCUUUAUCCCUGAGCGACCCAGGGGUGAUGACUGGCAGAGCGAAAUGUGCGAUAUCAUCAGGAGGCAUCGAAAGCUCGGCAAGAGGAAGACAAUCGUCAUUAUCGCCGAAGGAGCCCUCGACGCGCAGGGUGAGAAGAUUACUCCGGAGAUGGUCAAGGACCUCCUGGCCGACAAGAACGGAUUGGCCCUGGACACACGCAUCACCACACUUGGUCACGUUCAACGUGGUGGAACCGCUGUCUCAUACGACCGCAUGCUUGCCACGCUCCAGGGUGUUGAGGCUGUCAAGGCCGUGCUCGAUGCCACACCAGAGACGCCGACUUGUUUCAUCGCUAUCAACGAGAAUAAGAUCGUGCGAAAGAACUUGAUGGAGGCAGUCAAGGACACAAAGGAAGUUGCAGCCGCUGUCCAGGCCAAGGACUUUGAUAGGGCCAUGAGUCUUCGUGACCAUGAGUUCUUGGACCAGUACAAGUCGUAUAUGAUGACCACCAAUGUCCACAUGGAUGAUGGUGAGAAAGUCCCGGAAAUACAGAGGAUGAAGAUUGCCUUCAUCAAUGUUGGUGCUCCUGCUGGAGCUAUGAAUGCGGCUAUACGUGCCGGUGUGGCUUACUGUAUCUCCCGAGGCCAUGAACCCAUUGCUAUCCAUAACGGGUUUGCAGGAUUCGCUCGGCACCACGGCGAUAAGCCCAUCGGCGCUGUCCGCUCGUUCGAUUGGCUCGAGGUCGACAGCUGGGCAAGCAAGGGUGGUUCUGAGAUCGGGACGAACCGAGAGCUUCCGGCCGAUUCGGGAAUGGAGACGAUUGCGAACCUCAUUGAGCAGUACCGCUUCGACGCCCUCUUCCUCAUCGGUGGCUUCGAGGCAUUCCAUGCCGUCUCUCAGCUUCGUGCGGCCCGUGACGAGUACCCUUCUCUGUGCAUCCCCAUGUGCAUCUUGCCCGCUACCAUCUCCAACAACGUUCCCGGAACCGAGUACUCCCUUGGAUCUGAUACUUGUCUGAAUGAAUUGGUCAACUACUGCGACAAGAUUAAGCAAUCUGCUUCGGCCACGCGGCGUCGGGUGUUUGUUAUCGAGACGCAGGGUGGCAAGUCGGGUUACGUCGCUACGCUUGCGGGUCUUACCGUCGGCGCGUCAGCAGUCUACACGCCCGAGGAGGGUAUCUCACUUGACAUGCUUGCGGCCGAUGUCAAGCACCUCAAGGAGGUCUUUAAGAAGGACCGUGGCCAGUCUCGCGCUGGCCGACUUCUCCUGGUCAACGAGAAAGCUAGCAAGGUGUACACGGCCAAGCUGAUUGCGGACAUUAUCCGAGAGGAGGCCAACGAGCGGUUCGAGAGUCGAGACAGCAUUCCCGGCCACGUGCAGCAGGGCGGUGUCCCGUCGCCCAUCGACCGUUGCCGCGCGGUCCGUCUUGCCAUCAAGUGCAUCGAACACCUGGAAUCGUUCGGUCGUCGUGCGCAGAACAAGGUCAAGCAUGACCCUUACAGCACCGUCGUUAUUGGCAUCAGGGGUGCGAGUGUCGUCUUUACACCCGUGGCUGAACUCGAGGAGACGGACACAGACUGGCCCAACCGCAGGCCCAUUACGUCCCACUGGGCCGGGCUCAAGGACAUUGUCGAUGUCCUAGGCGGUCGCAACCCUUACCCCAAGCCUGAGCAUAAGCUUACGGGUCUCAAAGCGAAGGAUACGAAAAGGGGCCUUAGGUAA